GCAAUGGAUCCUCAAGCCAUGGCGGACGGCGUUCAUCAUCAAGCCUACGACGGGGGCCUCGCAAUGCAAGUCGUCUCGGAGGAAUCGGAACCUCCAGAAUCCCAACAGCCCUACAGCCCCCUCAACAUCCACGAUCUGCUGCCGAUCGAGGCUGCGCGCGUGCGCUUCCUGCAUCUGAUCAUCGACCACUUCGUGACGUACCACAUCGUCCCCAUCUCCGAGGAGUCGCAGCUCGCAGCCUCGCACUCCCCGGGGGAGAGGAGGAAGCGCCGGGCGAGAGAGAUGGAGGACGGGCAGCCGCCGGUGGAGCAGCAGGUGAUCCGGCCGUCAUACGAGGGAGACCCGCGGCACCUGCUGCCGCUCAUCUUCCUGGCGAACGCAUACGAGACGCUGGUGGGCGAGGUGAACGGGCGCAUGGCGGAGAUGGACGUGCUGCGCGGCAAGACCAUGGGGCUCGCGCUUGAGGCCGCGGGGGGACUGUAUCGGCGCAUGGUCGAGAAGUUUCCCAAGUCUGGAGCCGUGACCAUCUUCAGGCGCAGGGAGAUGGCGUCUGCACUGGAAGCCAGGGCGCGCUUCCCCCAGCUGGUGCUUGGGAGGGAUGACAAGCGCGUGCGGUUCAUCGUGGUGCAUGGGCUGGAGCUCGUGGAACGACCGUCCACCAUGUCACCCGACGACGCUGAGUGGUUCAAGAGGAUAACCGGGCGGCAUGAGGUGGCGAUAUACCCGCGGGAUUUCAAGUACUUCACGCCGCGGCCCAAGCCCCGGAGGGUGCCUCAGCCGGCCGUGUCAGCUGUGACUGUGGCAAACCCGGCUGAACUCGCUGCUCCCAUGCACCACAUGGUAAGGGCGGUGGGAGUGGGGGAGGGGGGAGAGAGGGAGGGGGGAGAGAGGGAGUGGGGGAGGGGGGUGGAGGGUUGGGAUAGAGAAAACUGUGGCGCCAACAGCCAGUGUGCUCCUGCUGAUAACGCGGCUACCUGCGUGUGUGACCCGGGAUUCGAGUUGCAGUCAGAUGGCAGGACAUGCGUCAGCAGCCAACCUGCUUGUGACCCGGGUUUCAAGUGGGAUGGCAGCUCAUGUGUCAACCCAUGUGAAUGGGGUUUCAAGUGGGAUGGCUACUCGUGCAUCAGCGCGUGUGACGGGUUACAUGUGGGAUGGCAGCUCGUGCAUCAACCCCUGCAAAUACGGUUACUCGUGGGAUGGCAGCUCCUGCAUGCUCACCAUCCGGUGUGA